AUGUACAGCAUCAUUAACCGUAAUGAGACUAAUAUUCAUUAUACCUCUGUAAAGACCAAUACUACCGCCUUUCUGGGUGGAUAUAUUAAAUAUUGGCUUAUAAAUAUUCUUAAUCUAAGAGCUUUAUUGAUAGCAAACACUUACUCUCCAAAUUUAGAAAUUAUUUCUCUAUUACAGACUAAUAUUCCACUGUAUCUCAACAAGAUCAGGUUGAUUGUACAGUGUUCAAGUUACAGUCUGCUGGUUAUGUUUCUCAUAGACUUGAUUGGUGCCAUUUUUCAACUCCUUUGGCUUGUGAAUUCGUCUAUAUAUACGCUGCAGUCGUACAUGAGCAAUGACCACUCUAUAUAUCUGUACAACUUUCUUGCGGAUGUGACAAUCAAUAGUUUACACCAUUGGUAA